UUUAUGUGGUGGCCAUUUACAAGCCUCUGCUGAGACUUAUUUCGGAGCGAAGACUAUCAUCUGAUCUUAUAUUUUCCAUGGUGUACUAUUAUUGGGGUGUACUUCAAGUCAAUAGUUUAGUACUCGACAGUAUUCUAUGAAACAUGUUGGGUCUAAUUUUGUGCGGUCGUCUGGUACGAUUUGCACAAAAUAAUUCAAGAAUUAGGAUUGGUGGUAUAAAGAAGUUUUCAAAUUCGGCUGGCAAACAGUUAAUAUUUUCCAGAGGACAACGAUAUUCUGUUCCUAAGUGUUCGGCUUCGAUUUCAGUCGCCGGAAUUAGGUGCUGCAGUGGCAAUGUUCUGGACCGAGCGCAGAAGAAGAAAAAUGUUCCUCAAUCGAAGUCCGUGGUCACUCCGGUUAAAUUAGCCUUGGUAGUGGCCGGGCUAACUGGGGCUAAACCGGGACAACAAAAGCGUAACUGCUUCCAUCCAGGCGUAUCUAGCUUGAGCCGCGAAGGAAUAAGCUUCCAGGAUCGACCCCCAGUUACCAGUAUAGAAAUGGUCAAAGGAAUGCUUAGUUAUAUAUGGCCAAAGGAUGAUCAGGAAAUUAGAAACAGAGUAAAAUUAGCUGUAGGUCUAUUGGUUGGAGCCAAGCUACUCAAUGUCGGAGUACCAUUUAUUUUCAAAUAUGCUGUCGACACAUUAAAUGCUCAUUCAGUAGCAGCAGGUGGAGAGGCGAUUUUAAGUAUGAAUAGCGCUCCGGAAACUGCAGCAACCAUAGGAAUAUCAUUAUUGAUUGGAUAUGGUAUUGCUCGUGCCGGUGCGGCAGGUUUCAAUGAGCUGCGAAACGCAGUUUUUGCAAAAGUCGCACAACAUUCGAUUCGUAGAAUUGCGAAAAAUGUAUUUUUACAUUUGCACAAUUUGGAUUUAGCAUUUCACCUUGGAAGACAAACCGGUGCGUUGUCUAAGACCAUAGAUAGGGGUAGUCGUGGCAUUAAUUUUGUACUCUCUGCCAUGGUGUUCAAUAUAGUGCCUACUAUAUUCGAAUUAGGUUUAGUAAGUACGAUAUUGGGUAUAAAAUGUGGCGGAGAAUUUGCCAGUGUUGCUUUAGGCUGUGUUGGAAUUUAUACGGUUUACACAUUGGGUGUCACUCAAUGGCGAACGAAAUUUCGGGUUUACAUGAAUCAAGCGGAAAACGAAGCCGGGAACAAGGCGAUAGACUCGUUGAUCAAUUACGAAACAGUGAAAUACUUUAAUAAUGAGAAAUUCGAAGCUGAAAAGUAUGACCAGUCUUUGAAGAAGUAUGAGGCAGCUUCUUUGAAGACAAGUACCAGUUUAGCAUUGCUGAAUUUUGGUCAGCAUGCAAUAUUCAGCGCUGCACUCAGUUUGAUAAUGGUACUGGCUGCAAGGAACAUUGUUAAUGGAACAAUGACUGUUGGUGACUUGGUAAUGGUAAAUGCAUUGUUGUUUCAACUAUCCGUCCCAUUAGGUUUCUUGGGUUCGGUGUAUCGAGAAGUUAGACAAGCUUUUAUAGAUAUGCAAACUAUGUUUACGCUAAUGACAAUGGAUCCUACUAUUAAGAACAAAGAAAAUGCCAAACCAUUUAGUAUCACACCACAAAACUCUGAAAUCACAUUCAAGGACGUGAAUUUCCAAUAUGUGGAAGGCAAGAAUAUUUUUAAGAAUCUUAGUUUUACCCUUCCUAGUGGAAAGAAAAUUGCCAUUGUCGGUGGUUCAGGUUCUGGCAAAACGUCAAUCGUAAGACUGUUAUUCAGGUUCUUCGAGCCAAAGAGUGGCGAGAUUUUGAUAAACGGUCAAAAUAUUCGCGACGUCGACCUGGACGAUUUGCGAAGAUCCAUAGCCAUAGUGCCACAGGACUCCGUGUUGUUUCAUGAUACCAUUUUCUAUAAUCUCCAUUACGGAAACUUAGCCAGAUCUGAAAAUGACGUUUACGAGGCGGCAAAAAUGGCGAAUCUUCAUGAUUCUAUAUUGAAAUGGCCUAAAGGAUAUCAGACUCCAGUUGGAGAACGUGGUUUGAAAUUGAGUGGUGGUGAAAAACAAAGAGUAGCGAUAGCACGAGCAAUUCUGAAAAAUAGUCCUAUUUUAAUAUUCGACGAAGCUACAUCAUCCUUGGACUCCAUAACAGAAGCUAAUAUUCUAGAGGCUCUCCGACGAGCGACUACUGGUCGCACUUCCAUCGUCAUUGCUCAUCGUCUGUCUACAGUGAUGGACGCCGAUGAAAUUUUGGUUUUGGACAACGGCUCUCUAGUUGAGAGAGGCACGCAUAAUGAGCUAUUGGCUAUCCCAAAUUCUCUUUAUGGUAAAUUAUGGGAGGCGCAGCAUAUGGGCGUGAUAAAACAAAAGAAUGAAACUAUUAAACAAAGACCAGAAGGUAGUGCAUGAUUCCAAAAUAGAAGGAAAAUGCACUCUGUCCUGUCCUGUCUACUAUUUCAUUAGUGAUAUUUACAGUAAUAUAAUAGCGUUAAUGUACAGAAGCACGCGCCAUGUAGGCGUGUGGUGAAUUUGUACAGUAUUUUCAGGAAGUACGAUAACGCUUGUUAAACAGACGAACAGCUCUUCGGCGGUUCUAUGAAAGAUGCAAGAACUUUUCUGUAGCGGGAUUCUACAGUGAGCAGCAUUACUCGAAGUAGUAUAACGUUAAUAACGGAUAAUUGGUUUGUGUAAAAAGUAAAAAGAAAAAAACAACUAUAAAAUACGAGGCUAAUAGAAAAGUCCUAUGUAAUAUACGCAUGAGUUGAAAUGGAAAAAUAAAGGAUUUUAGUUAUGGA